ACUUCAGGGCUUCGGAUCCACUCAGUGCUGGUGACUGGGGCCAACUGGGGCAUCAGCCUGGGGCUGGUCCAGCACUUCCUGGGGAUGCCAACCCCCCCCCAGUGGGUCUUUGCAGCCUGUCGGGCCCCCACGGAGCAGCGGGCGCAGGAGCUGCAGCGUUUGGCCUCCAGGCACCGGAACCUGGUCAUCAUCCCGCUCGAAGUCACCGACCCUGCCAGCAUCGAAGCGGCUGCAGCCCAAGUCGGAGAGCGCUUGGGGGGCUCGGGGCUCACCCUCCUCAUCAACAAUGCAGGAAUGGCGAUAUUGAAUACACUUGAUAAGGAGACACUGGAGGACAUGACCCACGUUUACACCACCAACACGAUUGGGCCCUUGUUGAUGGGCCAGGUGAGACCCUCGCCCAAGCUGAGCUGUCCCGUGGCAGCACCAAAGACUGGUGGGAGGGGGUCCUGCCCCUGCUCCAUGUGAUGAGAAGCUUGUGGAGCUGUGGGCUGGAGUACAGA